CAUCUGCGCUAUCUCCCACGACUCCGGGUGGGCAACAGCUCCCAUACAGGGCAGCAUGAGCACCAUGGCCACCUCCACCGUCACGCCUGGAGCAGAGGAAGCGCUACUCCACGGUGGUGAUGGCCGAUGUGUCCCAGUAUCAGGUCAAUCACCUGGUGACCUUUUGCCUGGGCGAGGAGGACGGGGUGCACACGGUAGAGGAUGCGUCCAGGAAGCUGGCGGUCAUGGACAGCCAGGGCCGCGUCUGGACCCAGGAGAUGCUGCUGCGGGUGUCCCCUGGCCAUGUCACGCUGCUCGACCCGGGCUCCAAGGAGGAGCUGGAAUCCUACCCCCUCGGCUCCAUAGUGCGCUGCGACGCGGUGACGGCACCAGGCCGGAGCCGCUCGCUGCUCCUGCUGGUGUGUCAGGAGCCCGAGCGCGCGCAGCCCGACGUGCACUUCUUCCAGGGACUAAGUCUUGGGGCGGAGCUGAUCCGAGAGGACAUCCAGGGGGCUCUGCACAGUUACCGCUCCGGACGCGGGGAACGCAGGGCAGCGGCGCUCAGGGCCGCGGAGGAGGAGCUGCAGCGCGGGCCCAAGCCCGCUGCCCAGACCCCGCCCCUGCAGCGCCGCCCCUCGGUCCGCGCGGUGAUCAGCUCGGCCGCGCCGGCCGCGGGCCGCGGGGCGCCCCCGGUGCAGCCCAUCCCCGAGGCGGAGGAGGGGAGGCCCGGCCGGGCGAGCUUCGUGAGCAGCGCGGACCCCGAGAGCCCAGACCUGGGCCCGCGCGGCCCGGAGCUGGCGGGUCUGCAGGCGGAGCGCGAAGUGGACAUCCUGAACCACGUGUUUGAGGACGUGGAGACCUUCGUGUCCAGGCUGCAGAAGUCUGCAGAGGCCACCCGCGUGUUAGAGCACCGCGAGCGCGGCCGUAGGACCCGGCGCCGGGCCGCUGGGGAGGGCCUGCUGACUCUGCGGGCCAAGCCACCCUCGGAGGCUGAGUACACGGAUGUGCUUCAGAAAAUCAAGUACGCCUUCAGCCUGCUGGCCCUGCUGCGAGGCAACAUCGCCAACCCCUCUUCCCCGGAGCUGCUGCACUUCCUCUUCGGGCCGCUGCAGAUGAUCGUGAACACGUCCGGCGGCCCGGAGUUCGCCAGCGGCGUGCGGCGGCCGCACCUGACGUCAGAGGCCGUGGCGCUGCUGCGGGACAGUGUCACCCCCCGGGAAAACGCGCUGUGGACCUCGCUCGGGGACUCCUGGACCCGCCCAGGGCUGGAGCUGCCCCCAGGGGAGGGACCUGCUUACAGCCCCGAGUUUUACAGCGGCUGGGAGCCGCCAGCCGCCGACCCCCAGGGCCGCCGUUGGGAGGACCCGGUGGAGAAGCAGCUCCAGCAUGAGCGGCGGCGCCAGCAGCAAAGCGCACCCCAGGUCGCUGUCAAUGGUCACCAAGAGCCAGAGCCGCAGCUGGAGCCGGAGGCAGCAGGAAAGUGGGUCCUUUGUAACUACGACUUCCAGGCCCGCAACAGCAGCGAACUGUCAGUCAAGCAGCGAGCGGUGCUGGAGGUCCUGGAUGACAGGCGCAAGUGGUGGAAGGUUCGGGACCAACAGGGCCAGGAAGGAUAUGUACCCUAUAAUAUCCUGACACCCCACCCCGGGCCCCGAGGCGAACGCAGCCAGAGCCCUGCGCGAAGCCUGGAGCCUCCCCCACCCCAGGAGAACAUCAUUCCUCCUCCUAACCCACCGGCCCCGGCCCCGGCCCCGGCCCCGGCCCCGGCCCCGGCCCCGGCUCCCGCUCGGCCCCAAUGGGACAGCUGCGACUGCCUCAACAACCUGGACCCCAGCGAGAAGGAGGCCCGACCCCUCGCACUUCACGCACUGCCUCCCUCCGGGUUCCCGCCUCCAGAGAAAUUUUCCCAGAUGCUGAGUGUGAACGAGGAGUUGCAGGCGCGCCUGGCCCAGGGCCGCUCGGUUCCCAGCCGCACGGCCCCGGGGCCCCGCGCCCCGGAGCCGCAGCUCAGCCGGCGAUCGGACACCGCGGAGGUCCGCGCCUGGCUGCAGGCCAAGGGUUUUAGCGCUGGCACUGUGGACGCACUGGGAGUGCUGACGGGCGCCCAGCUCUUCUCGCUGCAGAAGGAGGAGCUGCGGGCGGUGAGCCCCCAGGAGGGCGCGCGCGUGCACAGCCAGCUCACGGUGCAGCGCGCGCUGCUGGAGGACAAAGAGAAAGUGUCCGAGCUGGAGGCGGUGAUGGAGAAGCAGAAGAAGAAGGUGGAAAGCGAAAUGAAAGCGGAGGUCAUCUGACCCUCCCCGGCCCCUUCGCCAAAAGUGACCACCACACCAGGCCCCCGCCCCGCGGGACCACGGACGCCAGAGGCCUGGAGGACGCCGAGCCGGCCCGGCCGGCACAGACGCUGGCCCGCUGGCGUCCUGCUCCCUCCCUGCGCGCGGUCGCGGGUGGCCGGAUGGGGCCGGGGCCCAGAGCCCAGUCAAGAGCUCGUGGGGCCCUGGCAGCGGGCACCCCGGAACCCUGUGCCUUGUGCUGUGUGCUGCCCAGCCUAUAAACAAGCCUCCUUUCA